AAGCAGGUGGCUGUUUUUGUUUUGUAUCGUUUAUUUUGCGAUAGUUUUGCAAGAUUUUUAUUGUUACUUUUACUUAGCGCUUUUGAUAGUAAGAUAUAAUUGUGAUAAUAAAGUAAGUUUGUAAAUCAUGUCAGAUGUCAAGAGGUGAAUAAAAUCAGUGUAUCGUGUUGUAGCCUGUGUGUGUCAGAAUUUAUAUUGUUUGGGAUUUCGUGUGAAUAAACAUAAACGGUACGACAACAAUUCGUUCAGUCCAACGGGCAAACUUCAAACGUCUUAGUAAUUAUUUUCUUGGUUCUGGGCAUGAGAACUCAGUGAUGAUAAAGCGUUGAAGGUGUCGCGUCGUCUGUUCCGUUGUACACACGAUGGUCGUAUCAUGGCGCUGGCUGGCGGUGCUAGCGGCGCUCCACGUGAGCUGGGGCCUCCCGGAGACUUUGUACCACAACCACUUUGCGGUGUACGUGCCCGGGGGACAGCACCACGUAGACGACAUCACCAGGCGACACGGUUACGUCAAUCAUGGACGGAUUGGUCAGCUGAAGGGCUACUACCUCCUGUCACACCACGGUGUACACAAACGAUCAACGGAGCCCAACCAGGAGCAUCACGACAAACUCACAAACGAACCUCAGGUGAGAUGGUUCCAACAGCAACGGGAAAAGCGAAGAGUAAAACGUGACUACAAACCUCAUGAUGGAUGGAGUCAGCUCUCUAGGAGACUACCUACCCACCGUACUAGACAUCGCGCCAUCGCAGCGCCUAUUCUGUUCCCGGAUCCUUUAUACAAGGAACAGUGGUAUUUGAAUGGUGGUGCAAAGGAUGGCUUAGAUAUGAAUGUAGCCCCAGCUUGGCAGAAGGGCUAUACAGGUAAAGGAGUAGUUGUUUCUAUUCUUGACGAUGGAAUACAAACUAAUCAUCCUGACCUCGCUCAAAACUAUGAUCGGCUCGCAUCUACUGAUAUUAAUGGCAACGAUGAUGAUCCCAUGCCACAAGAUAAUGGUGACAAUAAACAUGGCACUCGUUGCGCGGGAGAAGUUGCUGCAGUUGCUUACAAUCAGUAUUGCGGUGUUGGAGUAGCAUACAAUGCUAGCGUAGGUGGAGUACGGAUGUUAGACGGCGUUGUCAAUGACGCUGUUGAAGCACGCGCAUUAGGAUUAAAUCCAGAUCAUAUUGACAUCUACAGUGCUUCGUGGGGGCCAGAAGAUGACGGUAAAACCGUUGAUGGACCCGGACCUUUAGCUAGGAGAGCGUUCAUUUACGGAGUAACGAGUGGUAGACGUGGUAAGGGUAGUAUAUUCGUUUGGGCUUCCGGUAAUGGUGGUAGACAUACAGAUUCCUGCAACUGCGAUGGAUAUACCAACAGUAUUUUCACUCUAUCAAUAUCAAGCGCAACACAAGGAGGAUAUAAACCAUGGUAUUUAGAAGAAUGCUCAUCUACACUUGCUACUACUUACAGUUCAGGAACUCCGGGCCACGAUAAAAGUGUAGCUACUGUUGAUAUGGAUGGCAGGUUAAGACCAGAUCAUAUUUGUACCGUAGAACAUACUGGAACCUCUGCAUCAGCCCCAUUAGCAGCUGGUAUUUGUGCGUUAGCAUUAGAAGCUAAUCCAGAACUAACAUGGAGAGAUAUGCAAUACUUAGUUGUAAUGACUUCGCGACCACAACCAUUAGAGAAAGAAACAGGUUGGGUAGUAAAUGGAGUCAAGAGAAAAGUAAGUCAUAAAUUCGGUUACGGAUUAAUGGAUGCUGCGGAAAUGGUUAGUUUGGCUGAGCAGUGGAUAUCUGUACCCCCUCAACAUAUUUGUAAAUCACAAGAAAUUAAUGAAGAUAAAGCAAUCGAAUCAUCAUUUGGUUUUAAAUUGCACGCUUAUAUGGAUGUUAAUGGCUGUAGCGGUACUGUUAAUGAAGUCCGCCAUUUAGAACAUGUCCAGUGCAAAAUAUCACUGAGAUUUUUCCCUCGUGGAAAUUUACGCAUUAUACUCAUCUCUCCCAUGGGCACAACAUCGACUCUCUUAUUCGAAAGACCACGUGACGUAAUUAGUUCAAACUUUGACGAUUGGCCCUUCCUAAGCGUUCACUUUUGGGGUGAACGCGCGGAAGGAAGGUGGACGUUGCAGAUAAUAAAUGGUGGAAAUAGACACGUUAAUCAGCCAGGAAUACUUAAAAAGUGGCAAUUGAUAUUUUAUGGCACAUCCACUGACCCCGUUCGACUGCGGUCUAAGCGGCCAUCGCCUUUGUCGUCCCCUUUUGCAUUCCCUACAGCAGCUGACACUUAUGAUUCGAUCGGGGAUUCUUUUUACAAUACUGACGCGUUUAGCAGUUACCAGAACUUUCCUGCAUUAUUUGCUGCCGGAUCUGAUCCGGAGAAAGCGAUAGCUCGCCUCGAUGGACAAAAUGUUCCCUCACCGCAUGGGGAAAACGUCCUCGCUGAUAGUAACGAUAAACGUGUCAUGUAUGAAUGUGAUCCCGAAUGCGAUUCUCAAGGAUGCUAUGGAAAAGGACCAACACAAUGUGUCGCUUGUAAGCAUUAUAGGCUCGACGAUACUUGUGUUUCGCGAUGCCCUCCUAGAAGUUAUUCAAACUCAGGUGGAGUUUGUUGGCCGUGUCAUGAAUCUUGCGAGACCUGUGUCGGGCCGGGGCAAGAUUCUUGCUUAACAUGUGCUCCGGAGCAUUUAUUAGUUGCAGAUUUGACUGUAUGCUUACAACAGUGCCCUGACGGAUACUAUGAAGACAGUCAAUCGUCAGCUUGCCAUCCGUGUGCUCCACAUUGCUCGACCUGUUCAGAACGAGCACACACAUGUACUUCAUGCGAACAUCAUUUGGUCUUGUACAAUGGGACUUGUACAGCCUCCUGCCCACCUUCAACGUUUGAGACUGAAGAUUAUAGUUGUACAAAGUGUCAUUCAUCGUGUGAAACGUGUACUGGUUCUGGAGUAACCCAGUGUGUCACUUGUCAUGCAUCUGACUAUAAUUUAGAUGGACGUUGUGUCAGUUCCUGCCCAAGUGGCUACUAUUCAGAUAAAAAGCGAAAAGAAUGUCUAAAGUGUCCAGUCGGGUGCGCCAAUUGUUUAAGUGCAUUUUGCCUGAGUUGUGAUAAAAACUGGGAACUAAACAAGAAAGGUAAAUGCUUGCCCACUGGCAAUGAAAGGUGCAGUGCUGGGGAAUUCCCUGAUGGCAGCGAUGUAUGUCGACCUUGUAACGACGCUUGCGAUACGUGCUAUGGUGAAAAUGAUAACAACUGUCUUACUUGUCCGACUCCCAAUCUUCUUAAAAACUACAAAUGUGUGAGCGAGUGUGCCGAGGGCUACUAUCCAGAGGCGGGUCGAUGCGCGCGAUGCCUGCACGGGUGUUCCGACUGCGUGUCCAGACUCAACUGCACGAGUUGCGACGGUUCGCUGAGAUUGCAAUCCGGUGCUUGUAGGACUACCUGCGCUGAGGGUUACUACGCGGAUCGUGGUAGUUGCUCGAAGUGCUACAUCUCAUGCCGAACGUGUAGUGGACCACGCCGUGACCAGUGCGCUUCCUGUCCGUCCGGGUGGAAGCUAGCUGCUGGGGAAUGUCACCCGGAGUGCCCACAAGGUUUCUACCAGACAAACGACGGUUGCCGACACUGCCACCACUACUGCCGGGAGUGCAACGGCUCGGGCCCACUCCAUUGCACCGCAUGCCCUGAUCGCUUCGUGCUGGAUGGAGGCAUCUGCAUGGAGUGCCUUACCUCGCAGUACUAUGAGGCGAAUAGUGGGAAGUGUAAAUCUUGCCACGAUACCUGCAGAGCUUGCAGCGGUCCAGGACAAUUUAGCUGCACAGGAUGUUCCAGGCCUCUAAGGCUAGACAGGUUAAACAAUCAAUGUGUGCGGUGCUGUUCGGAGCUGGGUGCCGCUUCUAACUCCACCCCGGCUAAGGACUGCUGCCACUGUAACCCUGAUACUGGCGAAUGUUUGAACUCGUCGAGCGCUGGUAAGCGUCGUAUCGCGGAGUGGAGCUCUCUGCGGGAGGCGACCCCCCAGCCGCCCGCGUCCAAAGGCUUCACCCCGCUGAUGCUGGUGGUCGCCGUAAUGAUCGCUGCUAUCGCGGUGGCCGGCCUAAUGAUGUUACAGAUAUGGUGCACAACGCGCAAACGACGUGUGAGCGGUCAAGUCAUAUACGCCCCUCUAUCCGCCACAGACGAUGACGUCACAGUGCUUUCGUCACGCGCAAGUUCCACACGCCACCCCGACCAUGAGCCGCUUCUCGAAUGUUCUUCGUAGCGCGCGCUGUGAUUCUAGAUGUAAGCAAUGUGUGUUCUAUUAAGUGUUGAAUAGGGUUGUUUUUCCAUUGCUGCGCACGCUAUGGUGUCUGCUUGGAAAUAUGUCAAGAAGCUUUUUAUUAAAAAAUUCUUUUCAGAAUGGACCAAAAAUAUUUGUAACAUAUUUCGAAUCAUAGCACAUUUUAUGUGACGAAGUACCUAACUUCAAAAUAAUGUUCUUUUCGUUCGUUUUGAUGUAGAUAUCAUUUUUGACAUAUUUUAAAAUAGUUAAUCACCGAAACAAGAUUAAAAGUAAGUUUUUCUUUUACCAAUAAACAUUAUUUUGGAGCUAAAAUUAAUUUGGUAGUAGACCAAAAUUUUUCAAAUUACGAUUUUUAUUAUAACAAAGUAAAAAAACAAUUAAACGGCGGUUGUUUACUUUUAGACGCUUUUGCGCACUUGAAAAUGAUAAUGUUUUUACCUGGUAUUGGGUAAAAUAGAUGCUUCAAUAUAUUUUGAAUGAAGGCCCUAAAGUCUUACGUCGCUUGAUGACGUUUUUUUAGGUUACCGAGUCAUAUGUGAGUAUCAUGCGCAGCAAUAGUUUUACAGCGGAUUUAUUUGUAAACGGUGGACGGACCAUUAUAGAUAAAACUAUCGACAUCGACAAGGUGUCUAGUAGGUACUGUGUAGUGCUAUCUUUAAGGCAAAAUGUAAAAGAGACAAUUUAUUAGAAAUGCUAACGUAAUCAAUAUUAGUAGUUAAAUUGAGAAAAAUUGGAUCGUGACAAUCUUUUGCUGGAUCGGUUUUUAUCGCAUUAUAUUUUUUUUAGUCAAUAUGUUCAGACAGUUAAACAAUCGUUUACGACUAAGCAGUUGAUUAACUUAAAUCGAACAAUGUGAACCGUGGCAUGCUAAGUGUCCAAUCCUAAGAAAUCGCCAAAAUAGUACAUAAGUGAAACCAUUUCCUUAACGGUUUAUAAUAAGCUUUUAUUUUUACAAAAAAUAAUUAUAUGUCUACAGAGUAUGAGAAGAAAACUCGUUUUUUCUUUAAAUUUCUAUCUUUAAUAGACAUUGAGAAAAAAAAAUCCAAAGUAUCCCUUACUUUUACAGUUGGAGCCAUGUUGUAAGAAUAAUUAUUAAUUUCAAAUUCCUAAAUACAGUCUUUAAAUAUAACAUUUGGAGUAAAUACUAUAAUUAAACAAGGCAGUAUUAUGGAUACCCAGUUUGGGUGUCGCAAUUUGGUCUGAACAGCAGACCGUAGUAGGGAAACCCAUGUUUUUAUUUAUUUUCGUUUGGCUCGUUUAGGAAAUCAUUUACGGCAUAGUAGCACUUUUCAAAUAAAAAGUUUUUCAGUAUUUUAAUAAAUUCAUUUUCAUUACUUAUGCUUCUAAUUUUGUUUGGCAGAUUAUUAUAUAUUUUUAUAGACAUUACAUAAAGACUCGAUGUAUGUAGUACUAAAUUUGAUUGUGGGAGGUUUAAUUUAUUUAUAUAUCUUUCGGGAAAUCGACGGGGCUUAUUUUCUUUCUUUGUUAGAUUUUGUGUAGAUUUCUUUUAACAAAUUUGCAUAUUUCGAAGAUGUAUAUAGAGGGUAGGGUUAGAAUAUUAAAUUUUUUGAAAUGGCGUAGACAUGAGUCUGUUAUUUUUAUUUUGGCCAAUAUUCUUAUGCACUUUUUUGUAAUAUAAAGAGAUCCUGGGCAUUUGUGCUGUUACCCCAGAGAAUAACACCGUACCUCAAAAAUUCGUAGCCAUAAGCAUAAUACGCGGCUAGUGCGGUUUUUAAGUUGGUAGUUCUUUUUAGUUGUCUCUGAGUCCAUAUAUAAAUUUGGAUAAUUUUGUUUUUGUUUUUUCGAUAUGGCCUUUCCAAUUUAAAUUUCUGUCGGUUUUAAUGCCUAAAAAUGUUAAAUUGUCGGCGCAUUCGAUGUUCGUGUUUUCAAAAGUAUAUUUAAUAUACAAUGGUCCCUUGGGUACGGUCGAAAUUGGAUUAUUUUUGUUUUAUUAUAAAUUAUUUCUAAUAAUUUAUGGUCAUUCAUCCAAUCAGUAAUGUCAUUUAAUAGUCGAGUGAUUUUAUCAUUAAAAUAAAGAAAUUUCAUCAGCAAAUAAUACACAAUGUUCGCCAAAAAUUUUAGGCAAGUCAUUAAUAUAAAUUAAAAACAAAAUACACCCAAGGACACUUCCUUGGGAUAUUGAGUUAGUCAUGGUUGUCAUGUCCGAUCUGAUAUAGCUUACUAGUCCUGUGUUUUGGUCACAAUUUUCUACGUCGACAUAUUGUUCGCGGUUUUCUAAAUACUAUUUAAACCAUUCGUGUGGUGUGCCUCGUAUGCCUAUGCCCUAUAGUUUAUUUAAUAAUAUGUCAUAUUGGACUUUGUCAUAUACCUUUGACAUGUCCAACAUUAUCCCUAUUGCAUAUUUUUUGUCAUACCUCUUGAAUGUAUUAUAAACUGCUAAUGUCGUACUGCGAUUUUUCCGAAAGCCUUAUUGGCUUUCGUCAAAAAUUUUAAACUUUUCACAGAACGAAUUUAGCUGCCGACACAUAGCGGUUUCACGCUGCAGGGAGUAAAGCUAUUGAACGAUAACUUCUUGGGUCCGGUUUUUCUCUCUUUUUCUUAUAAACUGGCCUUAUAAUGCAUUUAAGGAGGUCUAUUAAUAUCUAUUAACUGUUAACAUGACAUAGCUUUGUUAAAUAGUAUUGAUGUACAAUUAAAAAAAAAUCGUAACUUUUUGUCUAGAUUGAAUAGUUAGCAUGGCUCCAAAUGUAACGGUUAAGUUAGGUAUUUUGUGAUUUUUUUUCGCACGGUUUAUAAAAAAUAGAAAUGUAAAAAAAUAUUUCUUCUCUCAUUCUGUAGAUAUAUAAUUAUUGUUUGUUAAAAUAUAAGCUUUGUACCGUCAAGAUAUGGUUACAAUUAUGCGAUUGUCGAUUUCUCGGGAUUGCGGCUAGCUUAAUGUAUUUUAGGCACGUUUAAAAUGGUCGCGAGAGAACAUAAUUCGCAUAUUUCCUUAACUAUUAUUACUGUUACAUCAUCAAACAAAAGAAUGAAAGGGAUGGACUAAGCCAAGAAAAUCUGGGUCAAAGUUGAUUAAGUAACGUGCAGUAGGAAAUCUGUUCAUUUCAUUAUCUCAUUUACAUUUUGCCAAACAGCAUUACGCUCAAAUGUCGAUAGCAAAUGGGAAUGCAUUCUAUGUUGCGGGCUAAAUGGCCCUUAGUGACGUCACGUCAGACGAAAGACGUCAGCGUAUGUCUAAAGUGUAAUUAUAGUUAGCUGUAAAUUGUAAGUAUGAACAAAAUGUUCUCUGAACUCGCGACAGGGCUGUGUCGUCGACGUUGUGAUAUGAGUGCUCUUUGCUCUUAGCGUUUGCUGUUCUUAUGUAGGACAAGUGUUAUGCAACAUUUUUUAAUUAAAUUCCGGUAAUUUCCGGUAUUAUGUUUUUAAUAACUCUGAUACCGCAAGGGAGAAUGGUUGAAGUUGAUGAAUUAGCAUUAGGUGAACAUGAAAGAAGGUAAAAGCUUAUAAAACCGAACUCAUAUAAUAUAUAAUUUCAAACAAUAUACUAUUAAAAAUACAUUUACAACAGGCUGUGUGCUGCAUAUAAAAAGAAUAAUUUACAAAUGUUUACAUUUUGUGGAUAAGUCGAGUUAUAACACACAGCAGAAAAAACUACAGAUCUAAACUCCCCUCUUUUGAAGUCGGUUGAAAGCAUGAUUGAUCCUUAGUCAUAGUCAAGGUUUUUUAUAGCUACUGGUUCUCGGAGGGCUAUCACCUACUAUCAGUAGAGCCAUAUGAUUGAUGGAUUGAAUUAAAUAUAAAACAAGGUUAUUUACUCAAUUUUAUAUUGAUGGAUUAAAUAAAAAUAUAAAUAUACUGCCAUAUAUGCCAUAUAAACAAACUACUAACAACAUCUAAGCAAUAAACAACUCUCGAAAACUUUGUACUCACACAAUCCAGUGUCCCUUAUAAAUCUUUAAUUGAGAUAAACCAGAGCAUACGAAUACAUAUUAAUCGUAACUUAACAGACCCAAGUUCUUGGCUAAGUUAGAGAACUUGCCCCCAGAAAUCGUGUCAAACAUUGCAGAUAGGAAAAUUCGGAUGCGGUCAAAGUUUGGGGGCAGUAAAUUUAAAUUAUGGCUCCCGAAUCUGCUUACUGUGUCUUGUAGCCCCGAGUCAAUACUUAAACAGAGGAAACUUAGUUUGUUGGACGACAGCCGGUUAGGGUUGUCACUAACCUUUUCAUGUGUUAAUAUUAUUUUGUCGUUAACUGAAGUAUAUUUAAAUUUUUAUAUUUAGGGCUUCAAUAAUAAUAAAUUGCCUCAACUAAUUAAGGUAAUAUUAAAAAAAAAGUUGAAUGUUUCUUUCUCAUUUUAAUUAUCUUUUGAGAGUCGUACUGUUUUUCACAGUCUGUUGUUACCUUCACCUGUUUUUAAGUUUAGUAAUUAUUUGUGUAAAAAGCUGUUUAUAAUAAAAGCAGCAAUUUAUGUCUGACACAUAUCUUGUAAUUUAUAUCUUUAAUCGUACCUUUCUUUUUUUAAAUAUGUUUAUUUUAUCUAACGAAUUCAUGUCAUUUUGAUAUCUCGAUAUCCCUUAUGGAUGUUUUACAAUCGUAUAACAGCGAAUAUAUAAUUUUUAAGUAUUAUAUCGAAAAAUAGCUAAACAGACUGUUCACAGCCCUAUAGGGAGUUAGUUAGGCAUAGUUUAGACUGGAAUCAAUAACGCCUCACGUAACCACGUGUUUAUCGUCGUAGCUCGAAUACUUCAGUGUAGUCAGACCUCUAUAACUUUUAAUUAAUGCUGUGUAGGGUAAAAUUGCUACCUAUGUGUUAUGUGCAACAAUUAAUGUCUAAAUAUAAUUACGCCGCUUGAGAUGAAUUGCCCAAAAUUACACUGGAUCCCACUUAAACGAAUAGUUUUUCCGUAUUUGUAUGCUUAGUAAUUUCCUUGCGAAAUUCUAUUGAUCUUUUCGUUACUUUAUGUAUGGUAUGUAAUAAUUUCGUUAUGUUAUUUGUGGAGAAAGUUUGAGUUAGUAAAGUCUGUGCAACAAAAUUAUGGAAAAUCAAUCAAUCGACAAUAAUUGGAAGGAUUACUAGUUAAUCUAAAUCACUCUUGAUUUUCUUAUAUUGAAGCUGAACUUAUCAAGAGUAUUCAUACAAUGGCGAUAACGGCGAUAAUUUGCAAAAGAACAGCAAACGCAAAAUGACAAAUGCACUCCAAUAUUUUUCAAUUGUUACUUUAAAUCAAUAAUAAAAUAUAUUAUAUUAUAUAUGGAUAUAUUUAAAGUGUGGGUACAUAUAUAUAUAUAUAUAUAUAUAUAUAUAUAGCUAAGUAGCCAUAUUGCGGUUCGUAUUACUAUUACAAUAACAAUAGUUAAUAUAAAACUCUUCGUUACCGAUCUUGAAAUAUGCAAAGUAAAGUUGCUGAAACUGAUUUGGAUUUUCACAUUUACUUUAGUGUUCACUUUACGAACCAUUGGCGACUUAUAAGCUCUUCUUGCACCUUUUGUUUUCGUUUCACUGAGAGAUUCGGGCUCAAAAAACGUUUAUGUUUAUUCUCAAUGUUUUCAAUUAUUUCAUUUUUUGUCUGUUUUAUUGAAGAAUCUUUGACUUCGUUGUAAUAAUACAUUCUUUCACGUAUUAUGUUCAUUACGUGUUUAUUCGUCGGAACGGUAGUUUUAUUGUAAUAUCGGUUUAAAUUAGUAGAUAGGACCAAGAGUUACCGUAAAUGUACAAUAAUGUCGACGAUAGGAAAAUAUAUAUAAUUGUUUGUAAGAUAAUCCUUAUUGUUAAUUUAUAUAUCAUUCUAAUAAGGCCAUCACAUCUUGUGCUUCUUCUUGGUUUCGAUUUGCUAUUUUUGAUUUUCCAUUUUAAUAGUCGCUUUAUUGUCUAUUUUGCCAAUUUUGUCCACCUCGUUCCUAAUUUUAUCUUCUUCGAAUAUAUUAGUUAUAAAUUAAUUAUAUAUAUAAAUUCAAGUAUUAUUCAGCCAAUCAGAGGCGGUUGGUCUAGCACUGCGAAUUUGCGCUUGAAUAGUGCGCGGUUUGUCAUGGCGGGGUUGCAGUUAAGCUGUUUUAAAUAAAUAUAGCUAUUAAUGUCUCACGAAAGCCUUGAUUAUUUGAUACAUCAUUGUUAAUUUUGUUCUGUUCAACAUUUACGACACAAUGGCUGGCCUGAUUAUAAUGAUGUAUUUAAUACUAUACUAAUAGUAAAUUAUACUUUGUCAUCUAUUAUUUAAGUAGGCAAUCGGUGAUCAGCUAGUUUUGCAUUAGGAUUAUAAUUAGUGUUAAAAUACUUUACGUUUUCUCAAAUAUAUGAUAAUUUUUUGUAAAUACUGACUAUGUUACCAUCAAUACCAUCACAAAUUAUGAAAGAGAUAUGUAUUUUUCAAUUGUUAAAUGGAGAAAUAUAUUUUAAUGUAAACGGUUUUUUAAAUGUUAAAGUCAGCGGGUGUUCUAGUUUAGGAUUAUUUUAUAUUAUAUAAUUGCUUUUAUUCCUGUUGCGUGUAAUCUUGACAUCUGAUUUGCGAUUUUACUUUACAAUAAUAAUGUGCAUAAUCUCGAUAGUUUCUUUUCUUAGCAAAAUUUUUACGUUUAGAUUUUACUUGUACGUUUUUAAGUGUUUAUUUUUAAUUAAAUUGUAUUUUUAUAUGAAAUGUUACGUGCGAUUCGUAUUUAUAAUAAAAUCAGUUCUAUGUCACA